CGGCCCGCCCUCCAGGAUGGCAGUGCGGAAGCGGAAGAGGCUGCCGGGCCGGGAAGCCUCUCUCCGGUCUGGCCGGGGCCCUGGGACCUGCUGCCCGCCGCGAUGCCGAGCCCCAGGAGGACCAUCGAGGGACGGCCGCUGGGCACCUCGGGCGGGAGCAGCGUCCCGGGCAGCCCGGCCCACGGCGGCGGUAGGUUCGAGUUCCAAUCGCUGCUGAGCGGCCGCGCGGGCGCGGAUCCUACUUGCGCCCGGCUGCGCGCUUCCGACAGCCCGGUGCAUCGGCGCGGCUCCUUCCCGCUGGCCUCCGCGGGCCCCGCGCAAGCAGCCCCGGCUCUGCCACCCGAGGACGACCGCAUGAACUUGAACCCGUCCUUCCUGGGCAUCGCCCUGCGCUCCCUGCUGGCCAUCGACUUGUGGCUGUCCAAGAAGCUGGGGGUGUGUGCCGGGGAGAGCUCGGCCUGGGGCAGCGUGCGGCCCCUGAUGAAGCUGCUGGAGAUCUCGGGGCACGGCAUCCCCUGGCUGCUGGGCACCGUCUACUGCCUGCUUAGGAGCGAUAGCUGGGCCGGGCGCGAAGUGCUGAUGAACCUGCUCUUCUCGCUGCUGUUGGACCUGCUGCUGGUGGCUGUGAUUAAAGGGCUGGUCCGCAGGCGCCGACCGGCGCACAAUCAGAUGGACAUGUUUUUCACCCUCUCGGUGGACAAGUACUCCUUCCCCUCGGGCCACGCCACGAGGGCCGCCCUGGUGUCGCGGUUCAUCCUGAACCACCUGGUCCUGGCCAUUCCACUGAGGGUGCUGGUGGUACUGUGGGCCUUCGUCUUAGGUCUCUCCAGGAUCAUGCUUGGGCGGCACAACGUCACUGAUGUAGCUUUUGGCUUUUUUAUGGGCUACAUGCUGUACAGCAUUGUGGAUUAUUGCUGGCUGUCACCCCACAAUGUUCCGGUCCUCUUUGUACUGUGGAAUCAACAGUGACACCAUCUCAUUGAUUGUUGGCACCAGGAGGUCUGAAGGUCACGAGAAGUCUGACCUAAACCAGAGCCAUCCAGUUGCCCCUCAGACAUUUCAGGCACCUUUGGGAAUUCUGGGAUCCCACUGUCUUGACAUAUUCCUAGGUCGGAGUAUGUGCUGGCUAUUACUGAACACAGCCAUACUAGAGAAAGAAAGUCUAUUGUGUAUAUAUGCAACAGCUGUUUAUCUCCAAGACAAAUGUAAAGAAAUCAAGCUGGCUGAUUAUA